AUGAGCUGCAUUUGUGAAUGUGUGCAUGUUAUGAAGCUAUUGUUGCUAGGCGGUGACGUGGAACUUAACCCUGGGCCUCCGAAAGAAGACCCUUGCCAUACUAACAAAGAACUGGUGGCGUUUCUCAAAAACUUAAGCACUAAAAUGGACAAAAACCAUGCGGAAGUACUUUGCCAGAUUACUGAAGUAAAACAAAUGCAACUAAAUCUCGAGCAACAAGUGAACAGCAUAAAUGAAAGACUUACAACUGUCGAGCAAAAACUGGCUGUUACGCAAAAGUCGAGCGAACUUCAGACAGGAAACGCAGAAGCAGCCCGUUCAGAAGCAAGCAGUCUCGCCAAACGUCUAGACGAGUUUGAAGACCGUUCGAGGCGCGAUAAUUUGAUUUUUUACGGCUUCAAGGACAGUCAAUCUGAAUCUUGGUCCGAAUCCGAAAAAAGAGUGCGCGAACUUUUGUCUUCCACGCUUGACUUGCAACUAUCUGAGGACGCGAUUCAACGGGCACACAGACUAGGGAAAUUUUUUCCUGAAAAAUGCCGCCCAGUUAUUGUGAAGUUCUCAAGCUUUAAGUUAAAGGAGUCUGUUUUGUCCGCUCGGUCAAAGCUCAGGAAUUCCGGUAUUCAAAUAUCCGAGGAUUAUUGUGUCGCCACGCGCACUUCACGUAAGAAAUUACAUGAAUAUGGAAAGGCCAGUGGCCAGCAAUUUUCUGUUCGCUACAAUAAAUUAUUUAUUAAUAAAAAGUGUUAUGCUUAUUUCCCGUCAUGUGGUAGCGUAUGCGAAAUAAACACGGACGGCAGCGAAGCGCCUCUUGUGAAGGACGCUACUACUUUAUCCGAUGAACAGGCCUCUUCCGCGUAGCUAUCGGCCUGUGAGCAACAUGUUCCCGAGGUUACCGGUCGAAAUGUUUCUUUUCUUUUUUCAAAUGUACGCAGUGUAAUGAACAAGCGAACUGACCUCUCCUCCCUUAUCGACACGUGUAAUGCUGAUAUAGUAGCGCUCACCGAAACGUGGCUUUCCCCAAGUAUUACUAACGACGAAAUACUUGAAUGUAACGUGGCUUUCAACAUCUAUCGUUGUGAUCGCGAUAAUAGACAGGGAGGAGGUGUUUUAAUCGCCGUUUCAGAUCACUUGCACUCAUACGUUGUACCUACCGCGUGUUCCUUAGAGCUUAUUUGUGUGUGCGUACGCAUCAACCACCGUAACAUUAUUUUUUGCUGCUGCUACCGACCGCCUGUUUUUUCUUCCUCGUUUUGCACUGAUUUGCAUGACACAUUGUCUUAUGUUAUUGCCCGAUUCCCAUACGCGCCUUUAUUUUUGUUGGGUGAUUUCAACUUUCCAAGCAUUAAGUGGUCUUCCACAGGUGCUCUCCAAAGCAACUUAUCCCGUGAAUCCU